ACGUGGCGUUUGGGAACUGGGAAGUAAGUUGAGGUUGACUCAUGUCAUGAGUAUGCAGUAUGAAUGUCUGAUUGUGCUGAAAUCGCUGAACUGAAAAAGUGAAAAACACUUAAAAACAGUUGUCAGUCGUUGUCACUGUUGUCAGUUUGUCACUGAGCUUUAAGAAGAAUAGUUGUGUGUUCUGUGUGAAGGUGUCGUAGGUAGUAGCGGUGGUAAAGUAGGUAAUCUUUAUCUUCAUUUGUGCGAAUAGACGAAUAGAGAUACCUAAUGAUUUUACCUCGGAUUUUACACUAGUAUGUAGUGCUUCCCUGAUUUUAUAAUUAUAUCUGCCUUCUGCCUAAAUAAUAUCAUUUUCAGACGAAUGAUAGAAACUACGAUAUAAAAAAUGGCACGUGGUGUUCUGAGAUUAUAUAAUUAUUCACGAAAGCAAGUCUGUGAUAUUUCCCUCAAUUUGAAGAGCUGUCGUUCCCACUCAACAAUUUUCUGGAAUUACAAUAAUGCAGUAUUAGAAUAUGCGGGAAAACGUUCAUUUUCUACUUCAAGAAGUGUUGGAAAAGCAUCCGAAAUUAAAGGAGUACCUUAUAAAAGUUUAACGAUAGGCGUACCGAAGGAACUAUGGAAAAAUGAAAGAAGAGUUGCAGUCACCCCAGCAGUAGCAGAAACUUUAGUGAAAAAAGGAUUUACAGUGCAGAUAGAAGAGGAUGCUGGCGUAUUAUCAAAAUUUCGAAAUAAAGACUAUGAAAGCACUGGUGCUAAAUUGGUUGAUACUCAAAAAGCAUUUUCCUCAGAUAUCGUGUUGAAAGUUCGUCAACCCUUAGAACAUGAGGUAAAUAAAUUUAGGGGAGAAUCUACACUCAUAUCAUUCCUGUACCCUGCCCAAAACAAAGAUUUAGUUGACCAAUUAGGUAGAAGGAAAAUUAACGCAUUUGCAAUGGACUGCAUCCCAAGGAUAUCGAGGGCUCAAGUUUUUGAUGCAUUAAGUUCGAUGGCUAAUAUUUCUGGAUAUCGAGCUGUAGUAGAGGCAGCAAACCAUUUCCCAAGAUUUUUUGCAGGUCAGAUAACAGCUGCAGGUAAAGUGCCACCCGCGAAAAUCUUGGUUAUUGGAGGAGGAGUUGCCGGUUUAGCGGCUAUUGGCCAAGCAAAAAAUAUGGGAGCCAUCGUACGAGCAUUCGACACGAGAUCAGUUGUCAAAGAACAGGUGGAAUCUCUUGGGGCAGAAUUCUUGACUGUCAGUAUUAAGGAAGAAGGUGGCGGAACUGGUGGUUACAGUAAAGAAAUGUCUAAAGAGUUCAUUGAUGCAGAGCACGCCUUAUUCGCCAAGCAGUGUAAAGAAGUGGAUAUCAUAAUUUCUACAGCUCUUAUUCCUGGAAAGAGAGCACCAGUACUGAUAUUGAAGGAACACAUCGAAUCCAUGAAACCUGGCAGCGUGAUCGUCGAUUUGGCUGCAGAGGCUGGCGGCAAUAUUGAAACAACCGAACCCGGCAAAAUUUACACCUACAAUGAUGUUGUGCACGUGGGCUUGACAGAUUUUCCCAGCAUGCUGCCUACGCAAAGUUCGACAUUGUAUGCCAAUAAUAUCUCGAAAUUUUUAUUAUCAAUUGGCGAAAAGGACCACUUCCACAUCAAUUUGGAAGACGAGGUCGUACGGGGUAGCAUGAUUUUAGAGAACGGUAAUCUUAUGUGGCCUCCUCCACUCCCUAAGGUAGCUGCAACAUCUGUAUCCACAUCUCCACAAAAAGCUGUUGAAGUUGCAAAAGAAGCGAAAAAAGAGAUUACCCCAUUCAAGGCUGACCUACAGAAAUCUCUAAUGGUUACAACCGGAAUUGGUUCGAUUAUGGGCCUAGGAAUGUGUUCUCCAAAUCCAGAAUUCACGUCGAUGUUGACCGUGCUCGGUCUGUCCGGAAUUGUUGGAUACCAUACAGUUUGGGGAGUCACUCCGGCUCUCCAUUCUCCUCUGAUGUCUGUCACGAAUGCAAUUUCUGGCAUCACGGCUGUGGGAGGUUUGUUGCUGAUGAAUGGUGGCUAUUAUCCCACGAAUUCUGUAGAGGCUCUGGCUGCAACAGCCGCAUUCGUCUCCUUCAUAAACGUUUUCGGAGGAUUUCAAGUAACAAAACGAAUGUUGGACAUGUUCAAACGGCCAGAUGAUCCCAAAGAAUACAACUCACUCUACGCAAUCCCAGCUGCUGCCUUCAUGGGAGCAUAUGGAUGGGCUGCCAUGAACGGUCUCGCUGAAAUUCACCAAGCUGCUUAUUUAGCGUCGUCUUUAUGUUGUGUUGGAGCUCUAGCUGGUCUUAGUUCACAGGCAACAUCGCGAUUAGGAAAUAAUUUAGGAAUAAUUGGAGUUGCAGGAGGAAUUGCUGCAACAUUAGGUCAGAUUGCUCCUACUAAUGAAGUAUUAGCUCAAAUGGCCGCCUGCGUUAUAGCAGGUGGUGGCUUAGGUACUCUUAUAGCUAGAAGAAUACAAAUAACAGAUCUACCACAACUGGUUGCCGGAUUCCAUAGUUUGGUUGGUCUAGCAGCAGUACUCACAUGUAUCUCAACGUUUAUGCACGAUUUUCCGUCCUUUGCAACCGAUCCAGCUGCCAACGUUAUCAGAACGGCUCUAUUUUUAGGAACAUACAUCGGAGGUGUAACGUUCAGUGGUUCCCUGGUGGCCUACGGCAAACUCCAAGGAAUCCUCAAAUCCAACCCGCUCCUGCUGCCGGGCCGGCACGCCCUGAACGGCAGCCUGCUGUUGGCCAACCUGGCGGCCGGCGGGUAUCUCUUCACCGAUCCAACUCUGGCCGGCGGCCUGGGGGCGCUCGGCGCGACCGCGGCACUGUCUACCACCAUGGGGGUCACUCUGACGGCAGCAAUCGGAGGUGCCGAUAUGCCUGUUGUCAUAACCGUCCUGAACAGUUAUUCUGGUUGGGCUUUAUGUGCUGAAGGUUUCAUGCUGAAUAAUAACCUUAUGACAAUCGUCGGAGCCCUUAUUGGAUCAUCUGGAGCCAUUUUAUCGUACAUAAUGUGUAAGGCGAUGAACAGAUCCCUUCCAAACGUCAUUCUUGGUGGAUAUGGUACAUCGAGUACAGGCACUGGAAAACCAAUGGAGAUAACUGGAACACAUACAGAAAUCAAUCUUGAUAGUGCAGUCGACUCCAUAAAGAAUGCCAGAAACAUAAUCAUCGUUCCUGGUUAUGGCCUUUGUGUUGCCAAAGCUCAGUACCCUAUCGCUGAAAUGGUAAAUGCGUUGAAGGCACAAGGAAAGAACGUCCGGUUUGCCAUCCACCCUGUAGCAGGAAGGAUGCCCGGCCAGCUGAACGUCCUCCUAGCCGAAGCCGGCGUCCCUUACGACGACGUCCUCGAAAUGGAAGAAAUCAACGACGAUUUCGCGCACACCGACCUCGUCCUCGUGAUAGGCGCCAACGACACUGUCAACAGCGCCGCCUUGGAAGACCCGAACUCGCCCAUUGCCGGCAUGCCGGUGCUGAACGUGUGGAAGGCGGAGCACGUGAUCGUGAUGAAGCGGUCGCUGGGCGUGGGGUACGCCGCUGUGGACAACCCGGUGUUCUACAAGCCCAACACGUCGAUGCUGCUCGGCGACGCGAAGAAGACUUGCGACCAGUUGUUGGCGAAGAUUGCGCAAGGCUGAACGGUCCGUUUUUUUAG